GGCCCCAUCAUGACGGCCCAGCAAACUGCAAUUUCUUUUGAGCGGACAGAGAAUUUCUCAGCAUAGAGGAACGAGCCCAAUCCCGAUUCCUACUCGGCGGGAGCGGGAGGAAGCGCCGGCGAUGGCGACCCCGGCGAAGGAGGAGGCGGCGGCAGGGCAGAGAGACGAGCUUACCGACUCGCUGUCCGAGCUCUUCACCAACGUCUCCCUCAUGGUCCGCGGCGAGCUCCAGGGAACCAACAACCAGCUCUCACUGCUUGAAAAGAUGAAUCAACGCGUGACAGAGGAAUACAGUAACUACGGAGAUGUUGCAUCCGGUCUGCGGGUCUUUGUAGAACAGCUGAAUGAGAAAAACCAACGGUUUGACGAGUACACAACGCAGAUCGACGCGAUAGACCAGCAGGUGAGUGAGUUUGAGGCAGUGGUGUCCAUGCUUGAUAAGCAUGUCUCCAUGUUGGAAAAGAAAGUGAAGUCCGCAUAUCACAUUGCUCCUACACAAUGAUUCAUCUCCAAGGAUCCCAUCAUCUUCUGUUCUCUUCACAUUGAGCAUAUCUCUAGUAGCUAAACACGUUUGGAUGGGGAAACUUACACUCUGGCCCUAAUGGUUCCACCAUUGUUGUACUUGUAGUCUUGUAGUGCAACUGCAUGGACGAGUUGCGGUGUUCCUUCCAGGCACUUGUAUAAUACAGUACUACUACUUGCUAUUAUGGAGACAAAUAGACAGCACCAUAAGAUUUCUCC